UAAAUUCCAUACAUUUUUGGAAUGAACUUUAAGGGCCACUUGCACCAAACUUUGAUUAACUUAAUCGUUGAUUAGUCUAUUGGAAUUGACCAAUCGCAUUUGUUAAUUUUGCUUAACGACAAAUACGAUUGGUCAAUUCCAAUGGACUAAUCAACGAUUAAGGUAAUCAGAGUUUGGGUGCAAGUGGCCCUAACUGGUUAUUCGAAAUAAGAUCUUUCUCAAUCUUUCUGUUGUUUUUUUGCUAGCGGUCGGGAGAUCAGUAUAGAUAAAAACUGUAUGAAAUAAAUUUUAAAUUAUGGCUGCUUCAAAAGAGAGAAACAAUUGUUCUACAGCUGAAGAAUUUAUGGAAAAGACUUAUGUGAAGGAUUACACAGAAGUUGAAGCUGAAGAGUAUUUAAAGUACAUGAACAGACAUGAAAACAAAAAAGAAGUCACAUUAAAUACAACAUACCAAGGGUUAGAAGACAGUCUGCAAAAACUUUAUGUGGAUGAUUUGGCUAAAGUCUAUCGAGAGUGCAGUUUUACUUAUGAACCACAAUCUAAUAAUUUACCUAUUUUAUCUAUGAAAAAUAAGAUAUUGUCAAUAAUUGAGACAAAUUCUGUAGUCAUUAUUCAAGGACCAACUGGUUGUGGGAAGACCACUCAGAUUCCACAAUUUAUUCUUGAUUCUAAUAUCAAGAAAAGACUUAAUUGCAAUAUUAUAGUUACUCAACCAAGACGAAUAGCCGCAAUAAGCAUUGCGAAAAGAGUGAGUGAAGAAGGAGGUUGGCGUCUUGGUAGUCUUGUAGGCUAUCAAGUGGGUAUGCGAAGAGAAAUUUCAUCAGAAACCCGUUUAACUUACUGCACCACCGAAGUUCUGCUCCAUCAUUUGAUUCACCAGAAGCACAUGUUGGACUACACGCACAUUAUAUUAGAUGAAAUUCAUGAACGCGAUCAAAAUUUGGAUUUUCUUUUACUAGUUGUUAAAAAAUUGUUACAAACAAAUUCUGGACAAGUUAAAGUUAUUCUCAUGUCAGCAACAAUCAGUGUAACAAAAUUUGCAAGAUACUUUUCUAUGAGAGUAGAAAAUGAAUUAAUUCCAGCGCCAAUUUUCAAGAUUCCUGAGAAAAAAAAAUUUGACGUUUAUACAUAUUAUUUGGAUGAAAUAAAGAAUUUAGGAUUUAUACCAGAAGUAUCUGUUGCAGAACCAAAGGUUACUCGAAACAUGAUCGAUUUUUGCUCACUUAUUAUCAAUGCCUUGGAUGAAAUUGAUAUAAACGAUAAUGAAGAACAUUCAGAUUUGCUUCAGAGACAUGCGGUUCUCGUAUUUUUACCUGGAAUUUAUGAAAUUGAGGAAAUGUAUACUUAUUUGUCGUCAAUUUACCAUAAAAAUAAAUUAUGGGACUUAGCAAUCUUGCACUCAUUGGUUUCUGAUGAUAAUGAGCAGCGUCGCAUUUUUCAAAAACCACCAGAAGGUUAUAGGCGCAUUAUACUUUCCACAAAUAUUGCUGAAAGUAGUAUUACUGUGCCAGAUGUGAAAUAUGUGAUUGACUUUUGCCUCGUAAAAUUGCUGACAUAUGAUUCUAUAACUCAUUAUCAAAGUUUGCAACUUUGUUGGGCGAGUAAAACAAAUUGUAUUCAACGAGCUGGUCGUACAGGUCGCGUAAUGGAUGGGAGAGUAUUCAGAUUAGUACCAAAAGCAUUUUAUGAUAAUAUUUUGGAGGACUAUAGUACACCAGAAAUACUCCGCGCCCCUCUCGCCAAUGUCGUUCUCCGUGCCAAAAUUCUUGACCUUGACGAGCCACGUAUCCUUCUUUCACAUGCCCUUGAUCCACCUACUCUCUCUAAUUUGGCAAAUACUAUUUUAAGCUUGAAAGAAGUUGGGGCCUUGGUAGACGAGAAUAAUUCUCAUCAACUGUUUGACGGAAAUUUAACCGAUCUCGGAAGAGUAAUGGCCAAUCUUCCGCUCGAUAUUCGAAUUUCGAAAUUAAUCAUGUUGGGCCAUGUUUUCGGGGUUUUACGAGAUGCUAUUAUUUUGGGGGGCAGUAUGGCUAUUAAGGAUGUUUUCUGUAUAGAGCAAUGCCAUCAUACCAUUUCCUCUUAUAUGACUCGGAAAAAAUGGGCUCGUGAUUCUGACAGUGACUGUAUUGCUACUUUAAAUGUUUACAAAAUGUGGCAGAAUGAAAAAGCAAACCGUCGAUUAAACACUUCUCAAGCCGAAAGACAAUGGGCUCAAAGAAAUGGAUUUCACCUAAAAGCUUUGCAUGAAUUAAAUGCUCUGGUAAAUGAAAUCGUCAUUAGAUUGUCGAAUUUGGGAAUUAAAGAAAGCACAGGAAUAAAUAAAGUCAUCUGGCAAGGUGAAGAUCGCGAUUUUGUACUUCAAGUUGCUCUUGCUGGAGCUUUUUAUCCCAAUUAUUUUAUCAAACAAUUACAAAAUCAAGAAACUUAUAAAGAAAAUAUUGCAAUGCUUUUGGGCGUUUUAGAUCCUAUGAAAACAGUUUUUUUAAGAGGUUGGCCAAUAAAACAACCUGGAUAUCUGUACGCUAAAAAAUUUCAGGAAAUUUUUUCCAAACAUCUAGGAAUUCCGCAAAAACAGAUAACAAUAUCUUUUGACGGAUCGCAGCGUGUUUACAUCCAGUUUCGCGAGAAUGAAAUGGCUGUUGACGAUAGCCUUCAAAAAAUAUCAGAAUUUGUUUAUCAGGCUAUCAAGAUGAGGCAGAGCAAUAUACCGAUUGAAAUAAAAUUGUUGAAUAUAAAAGAAGCACGUGAAAGGGCGAAACACCAUGAUCCUCAUAAAUUUGAACGAGCUCUUUUUUUUCGUAAAAAUUUUAGGAAGGAAGAAAAUAAUGUUCCUAAAAUUAGACCAAAAUUGCCAGGUCUUGAUGUAACUUCUAUACCUCUGUUUAUGCAAACUAUUAUCAGUCCUGGACAUUUUUGGGCAACUCUUGAUGACGAUUUUACUCAUAGUGAAUUACAACUUAUAAAAAGAAACCUCAAUGAACUUGAUUCCCUAGAAAAAUUUCUCUUUACCCCAAAAAUCUGGACCAUAGUCGCUGCUCCUUUGGAAAGAAAUAAUUCUUUGUCUUAUCAUCGUGCCAUAAUUAAAGAAUUUGUCUCAGAAGUCGGAGAAUUAGUUGAUAUUUUCUUUAUCGAUCACGGUCGUUUCUCUAGAGUACGAUUCAGCGAUUUAAGAAAAAUUAAUAAUACUACAAUUUUAGAAAUUCCUCCUUUAGCAUUUUGUUGCAAUUUAGCUUUUGUACAACCUUCAACUCAAAGUAAUCUUUAUGGUCAAUGGUCGAAAAAAUCAAAAAAUUAUUUUGAAACACAAAUCAAGGAAAAAAAAGAGAUAUUUGGAAAAAUUUAUUCAAUUGUUGAUAGUGUUAUUAAUUUAGAAUUGAUUGUUGUUAAUGAGAAAGGGAAAAAAGUUAAUAUUAAUGAUGGUUUAAUUGAAAAAGGAUAUGCUGUAAGAAGAGAAGAAAAAUAUUUAUCAAAACAUAAUCAUGAAUUAAGGGCAAAUGUUAAUAAUGUUAAUGUAAUGUCAAUUGAGGAAAAAGAGUUUUAUGAAGAGGAGCAAUAUGACAAACAUUUAGAUUAUCCUAAUCCACCUACAGAAGAAGAGUGCAAGUUUAGCACAAAACUUCAAGGGCCACAUUCUCCCUUAGAAAUGGAGUUGAUUCAAUUGAAUUCAACUGGAAGAGGAAGAAAAAUAAUUAUAGAUGGAAAUUCCGUUAAUUCUGUCCUUUUGGAUAACGAUCUUAAUCAAUCGAGACGUCUUUUGGUCGCUCAGAGCGUCAAUCAAACCAGCAAAGAUUCUCUAAUAUUGAGAAAUACUACUUUUCUGCCCAAUAUUUCUGGACUUGCGGUAUUACUUGCGCUAAGUUUUGCACCGCGUAUGGAGUUGAGAUGUAAUUCUCGCAGGACUUAUUAUACAGGGGCUUUAUGUGGUUUGGGCCCGAUAAAUGAUGACUCUAAUCGAGCUGUAUAUGCCGAUCAUGAUAUGGAAAUUCACUUUGACAUAGAAAUAACAAUGGAUGAUAUAAAAGAGAUAAAUAAAUUGCGCCAUUGGAUAAAUACUGGGAUGCGACUAAGUGACUCCAAUGAUGAGGAUAUUGUAAUUUGUCAAAAUAAAAUCAGACAGAUUUUGAUCGAACUAAGAGACAAACAAAAAAAAUCACGAGAUUUAGAAGACGAUGAGAUCGAUAAUUUUAACGAUAAGUGGAAUCGUUAUGGCCAACAUUUUUUGCCAUCUGUUCGAGAAACUGCAAGUAAAUGCGAUGUUUAUCCAUUGCAUAAGGCGUUAGAACUACGCGAAACAGAUGAGCAGACGGAGCAGAUGUUGAAACAUCUUUCGGAAUUACAUCAACUUGCCUCGAAAGAUCUAUAUCAAGUAAGAAACGUAACUACUUUUUGUAAAUUAUGUGGAACGGAAACUUUUGGUCUAUUGGAGUUGCGUGGUCAUCUUUAUUCAGAACAACACGUAGAAAAAGAGAAACUGUUAAUGCAGUAUUAAUUAUAUUAAGUGACAUAUUGCGAUAUACCUUUUACUCUAAAUUUUUUGCUUAAUCUUUGAUCCUCUUUUAGUGGAACAAAAAUAUAAAAUUAUGUAUUAUUUUUUUACACACUUUGUUUUAUAUAUUAUAUAACAAUUACAUAUUAUAGAAAUACAAUGAAAAUAGAUUUAUAGUUUAUAGAGGGAUUUCAGAGUAAAAGGAUAUAUAUAGAAUAGUUGAAGCGUUUUAAGUUUAAUAUGACCAUUUUGUGAUAUUACAAAUAUAAAAGAAAGUUAUUUUUUACUUACAUUUAUGAUUUUUAUGUUACAUAGCCAUCUGAUUUUUUAUUUUUUUCUGUGAAAGAAAAAAUACUAUACCAUUAUUUGAAAGAGCAUUUGCGUCUCCAAAAAAUAUAUUUUUAUUAUAUAGUUUAAUAUAUAGUUUACACAAUUAUUUUGACUAGAUUUAAUUUUUAAACGACUUGAAACGAUAAAGUCAGUUUAUGAAUGUCAUCCCAGUUAAUUCGAAACAGUAUAUAUCUCGAUGCGGAUGAGUCAACAUUGAGAAUUGAUUGUCAGAAGUUUUCGAUAGAUAUUUGCAGAUAUCCACAGUUCGCAUCGUAAUGACAUUAAAUUGUGUGUUGUCUUAUCAUCGUUCGACGCUAUUACUCCUCUGUUACUUUACAUUCUAUAUGUUCACAACAAUUGCGCAAUAUUGCGAGGAGAGAGAACUCGACGUGAUUUCUAACAAGGGUACGUAAAGGUCACGGUGUGAAUGUACGAUAAAAGUCGUAGUGAAUAUCGUGAAGACGCGCUCGGAAGACUUAUUGAUAAUUAAUUAUUGGUGCUAAUGUUUUUCUGUUUUUUUUCCUCGAACUUUGAACCGUUCAGAUCAAGUUUUCAACAAUUGUAAUUCCGUUUAACAAUCACUCAGAUAAUCAUCUUAUCGAGAUCUAUCUCAAGAUACUUUUGUAAACAAUGUGAUGUAGUAGCAUAACGUUUUACGCUGUUUUUCUUGAAUAAAAGAAAUAAAUAAUAUUAUAUGAUGAUAAAUGUUAAAUUAUUAUACAUAAUUAAUAUUUUAGAAGAAAAGACUACCUAGAGAACAUAAUUUUUUGAACAUAUUAUUUAAACUUACUUAUCGUUAAUAAAUAAUUUAAAAUAAAUAUGUAUUAUUAAGUUAACAUAAUGAGUGAACGGAACUAAAUGUACGUGAAAGCUAAUUUUUUAUGUGCAAUUUUAAACAAA